UGCAGUAUGUGCAGAUGAACUAUAACGAGAAAGGCAUCUUCAAAGGUGUUGCUACCAUUGCUUUCAAGUCUUCAAAGAAUGCUGUCAAGGCCAUUGAGAAGUACAACAAUGCCCCUAUUGAUGGUGGCGCCAGCAAGUUGAAGUUGGAAUUAGUCAUCGACCCAAGUAAGAAGCCAUUGACGGCUAGAAUUACUGCUAACGUUGCACCAACAAAGGAGCAACCUGACCAGAAGAAGAAGCAGCUUCAGGAAAAGAAGAAACUUCUUCAACAGAAGAGAAAGGAGUUGGUUCAAGCAAAGGCGGUCAAGACAGCCAAGAGCGCUAAGCAAGAGAAGAAAACUAAGCAAAAGCAAGCUAAGCCAGAGCCCAAAACUGCAGAGCAGUUGGACCAGGAGAUGGCAGACUACUUUAACAACUAGUUGAUAUCUAUUCUUUUAGGUGUACGUAAUUUUUUGAAUGGCUGUGUUAAGCUUGCCGAUUAUGACAUUAAUAUUCAAUUUUCAUCAUUUG